AUGGCACCUUAUGAAGCUUUGUAUGGAAGAAGGUGCCGAUCUCCGAUUCAUUGGGAUGAAGUUGGAGAAAAGAAAGUCGUAGACCCUACAGCUAUACCUUGGAUCGAGGAGGCACAGGAAAAAGUAAAACUUAUUAGAGAAAGGCUUCAAGUUGCUCAGAGUAGACAAAAGAGCUACGCCGACACAAGGAGAAAAGAUCUGGAAUUUGAAGUAGGAGACAAAGUUUUUCUCAGAAUUAAACCCUUGAAGGGCGGAGUAGUGUCUAAGAAAGGUAAGAAGCUGAAGCCAAGGUAUAUCGGACCUUUCGAAAUUUUGAAGAGAGUUGGGUUAGUAGCGUAUCAAUUGAAGUUGCCUGCAAGCAUGGCUAAGAUUCACGAUGUAUUUCACGUCUCCAUGCUUAGGAAAUAUUAUUCCGACCCAAGUCACGUACUUCCAAUGGAAGGAAUUGAAGUGGAUGAGACGUUAACGUAUGAAGAAGGACCGGUCAGGAUUUUGGAAAGAGAAAUGAAGGAGCUGAGAAAUAAGAAAAUUCCUCUGGUAAAGAUUUGGUGGAAAAAUCAUGGACUCGAGGAAGCAACUUGGGAGUUAGAAGAAGAAAUGCAGAAAAAGUAUCCCGAUUUAUUUAUCCAGAAUGUGUGA